UUUUUUUCUUAAACGGAAUUUCGUUCGUUCGUUUUGCUUAUUUAUUUGUUUGUUUGUUUGUUUGUUUAUUUGUAUCGAGCGACGUAAUUUCGAAAGGUGUUCGGUAGAUAAAAGGAAAGUGGAUUAUAAAACAUAUGUGAAGAAAAAAAAAAAAAGAAAAAAAGAAAAAAAAACUUACUAUUUAUGACUUUAUCGUCCUUUUUUAUUAUUAUCAUCAUUCGUUAUUUGUGACCGAUUAAAGCAAUUCAAAAUGCGAGUUAAAAACAAGGAACCAUUGCCAUUAUGCGCAAUGGAUAUUAGCGAUGAAUAUCAAAAGGAAAUAGACGAUGAAUCUGACGAUGAUCUAUCGAUAAAUAAUAUAUUAACGAUAAAACAAAAAGAUGAAUUUAUAUCGGCAAAUAAUCAAACAUUUAUGAUAAUGAAAGAUCAAAAAGAAUUUCUUACGAGAAAUAAUCAAAGAUUUAUUAAAAUGAAAGAUCAAAAUGAAUCUAUUAUCGUAAAUAAUGAAACAUUUAUCGAUAUGGAAGAUCAAAAAGGAUCUAUUAUGACAAAUAAUCAAAUGUUUAUGACAAAUGUAAAAGAAGAAUACAUUGAUCAAGGAUCGUAUUGCUAUGAAAAAUUUCAAUCCAUUGAAAAUCAUAAAUAUCCAUCGUCUAUAGAAAAAUCAAGAUAUCCCAUAUUUAAGGAUUAUGAAAUACCUAUGCCAUAUGGAAAUAAAGGAUUUAUCCCGUAUGAAAGAUUUCCAAUUGGAUUUUCACCUAUGAAAAGUCAUGGAUAUUCGCAGCAUAGUGAAAUUCAAUCGAUGAUAAAUCAAGAAUCCAUGCCAAUUGGAUAUCAUGGAUUUUCAUCGAAUCACGAAUCACUUAUGCCAAUUGGAAAUCAUGGAUAUACGACUAUUAAUGAUCCAGAAUUUUUAAUGACUGGAUAUCAUGAAUUUCCGAUGCCUGGAAGUCAAGAAUCUGCGAUGAUCGAAGAUCAAGGAUAUACAACUGAAAAUAAAAAAGGAUCUAUAUCAAGUGAAAGUCAAGGAUUAAUGUCUAAUAAAAAUGAAGAAUAUAUAUCGUUUAAAAAACAAACAUCCACGUUAAUUGAUGAUCAAGAAUCUAUAACGUUUGAAGAAAAUCAAAAUUCUGAACUGUCCAAUGUUGAUAAGGAAUCUCCAACGACUCCUGAUGAUCCUAAUUCACGGAUGUAUUCCGUUUCAAGACAGCUCUUCAUUUUGAGACAAUUGUGUAGCUUCAACGAUGAUCCAAUUCGCAAACAAUUUUUUACCGAUCUAUUCAAUUUCAUGGCCAGACGCGGAACACCGAUCAAUCAGAUACCGAUCAUAGGCAAUUCGAUAUUGGAUCUUUAUCAUUUAUUUCAACAGGUGAUAAAACGUGGCGGUUUGGUUCAGGUAAUAAAGAAAAAACGUUGGAUGAAUAUAAUAAAGGAACUCAAUCUGCAUACUAAAUCACAUAACUGUGCUUUAACUUUGCGCAACCAGUACAUUAAAUAUCUUUACGACUAUGAAUGCUAUAGGCUCCAAUUAUCGAACAAAGUUCAACUCUUCGCUAUAAUCGAUCAUGAUCUUCGAAAAACUAAUAAGUCUGAUGAAAACAUGGAUCCAAUGAAAUCAAUCAUAGAGGAAUUAUUAGAACAGGAACCAAAAGAAUCACCAUCACCUACAUCUUUUUUGACAGAGCUAUCGAGACAAUCGCCAUAUACACAAUUAUCUAAUCAUUCUAAUCAUCUAAUGCAAGAAUCGAAUUCAAAACUCCCUGAUAUUGAAACAAUCAUAGACGAAUAUCUAUCGGUAAUAACUAAAAAAAAAUAUAAAAAUGUUAAAGUACCAUCCGAAAUAUCAUCGAAUAUAACAGAAAUUUCUGGACAAUCUGUAACAAAAACAUCGGAUGAUUUACGAAAUGAGACAUCGUCGACGUUACAAAUGUCAAAGAGCCGAUUAAAAUUAAGAUCAAAAAAACAACGAUACAAUACGGAGGAACAAACAAAGGCUAUAAAUCUUAAAUCAUCAUCGUCAUCUGAAUGCUCAUUGUCAUCUAACAACAGUGGUAUUCCAUCGACUAAUAAGAAUGUUAAAUUAAAACCAUCCCUUAAAAGACCAUUUGACGAAAAUAAUUCUACUACCGAGCAAAGUCUUACAACAUCAACCCCAACUCGCAUCAAUAUAGUCAGUCGAGGAGACGCAAAAGAGACCAUAUUUGUCUGUCUUGAAUUACAUGGUGUAACUUACCAAGGUGUCCUAUUUGCAAAAAACAAUUCGACCGAGACAUCAACGACAUCGAUCAAUGAACGAUAAUGACGAAGAUUAAUGCGAUUAAUAAUAAUAUAAAUAUUGACAUAUAUGUAAUAAUAAAAAAAAAACAA